ACAAUACGACGUACUCCGACACGCCCAGGCUCCGUCUUUCUACGACAUCGCGUCGCUUUACGUAAGGCAGGCGCUCCGGUUUCCUGGCGGAGAAGAUGGCGGCUCCUGGACCGGGGGAGUAUUUCAGCGUCGGGAGCCAUGUCUCUUGCCUCACCUGCUUGGGCCAACGUCUGCAAGGAGAAGUGGUCGCGUUUGACUACCAGUCCAAGAUGUUAACUCUGAAAUGUGCUUCCUCCAGCGGUAAGCCAAACCUCAACGACGUCAUCCUGAUCAACUUAGCCUAUGUUUCUGAAGUGGACAUAAUAAAUGACCGCACCGAGACUCCACCCCCACUAGCAUCACUGAAUGUUAGCAAGCUUGCCAAUCGAGCACGGACAGAAAAGGAGGACAAGCUGUCCCAAGCCUAUGCAAUCAGUGCCGGGGUUUCUGUGGAGGGCCAACAGCUAUUCCAGACUAUUCACAAAACGUAAGAACUUCAUCCUGCUGCUCAUCAGGGCCACCCGAGUACUUUAUGCCAUCAAUUA